UGGUAUUAGCAAUGGCGGAAUCAUAGAUGAAGCAGCCAAAACAGCAAAUAUCAUAAUGGCUGCUAGUGAUUUGCCAUAUGGACAAUUCACAUUUUCUCAAGAAGUACUGCAAACAACAGAAGAUGAUAAAUGGGCUAACAUCACAGUUGUCCGUUCUCAUGGAUCUUACAAGCAAAUUCACCUUUUGUAUAAGACAUUGAAUGGUACUGCAGUGGAAGGCAUAGACUUUGGUGUGACUUCAGAAGAGCUUAUUUUCAAACCCACUGAAACCGUUAAAACUAUUUAUGUUGAAAUCUAUGAUGAUGAUCUUCCAGAAGGUCCUGAGGAUUUUUCAAUAGUAAUUACAAAAGUAGAAUUACUGGAAAGUGGAUUUGAUUUUACAAUGAAAGAAAAUGGAUUGCAAAUUGACCAGCCACCUGAGAUAGGAAACGGUUCAGUAAUAAGAAUCAUUAUAUCAAAAAGUGACAAUGCAGAAGGCAUCAUUGAAUUUGAUCCCUCCCAUGCAAGACUUGAAGUGGAAGAAGAUGUUGGUUGGAUAAUGAUUCCAGUAUUUCGAAGAUUGGGCAGUUACGGUUUUGUGACAGCAGAUUUCAUAUCUAGAAGUAUUUCAGCUCUUCCAGAUGGGAUUGAUUAUAGUAUUACAAAUAAUUCAGUAAUUUUUCAUCAUGGCCAAAUACAGAGUUUUAUAAGCAUUUUAAUCAUAAAUGAUGAAGAAAGAGAAAAUGCUGAGCAGUUUGAAAUCCAACUAAUAGGUGCCAGUGGAGGAGCGGUUCUGGGACUUCACCUGGUGACCCAAAUAACUAUUGCUAAGAGUGACUCUCCACAUGGGAUUGUCCGCUUCCUCAAUGAAAGCCAAAUCAUUCUUCCCAACCCCAAUGUCUCAUUAACACUGUCCUUGGUACUUGAAAGAGCUGGAGAAUUGAUAGGAGAGUCUCAGAUUAUUUGGGACAUUUUAGGACCUAAUUCAGAGGUAAUUUUACCUCCUAUGAAUAGUGACAUCAGUGACCCAGUAAAUGGAUCAUUUUAUUUUGCGGAAGCAGAAGGUGGCUUGCGACAUAUCAACUUGAAAAUUUAUCCUCAUGAAGAAGUUGAAGUUCAAGAGACCUUCAUUAUAAGGUUGCGUGCUAUGAGGGGAGAAACAAGAAUAGAUCCCAAGGCUGCCAAUAUAACAGUAAAAAUUUUAAAGUUUGGUGAUCCCAAUGGGAUAGUGCAGUUUGUUCCUGAAUCCUUAUCUCCAAAGACUUUUGAGGAACCAUCAGCAUCUGAAGGUCCACUGAAUAUUGUGCUUUCCAUAAAGCGAAUUCAAGGCAUUAUGGGGAACAUCACGAUUUACUGGAAAUUAAGUAGUGAUUCUGAUACUACAAAUGAUUUUAUAACUAUGAGAGGUUCUGUUGUGAUUCCUGAUCUACAAAGGACUUCGAACAUUGUAAUUUCCUUGUUGCCUGAUGAUGUUCCUGAAAUAGAUGAGCAUUAUGAAGUGCAGCUUACUUCAGUGGAAGGAGGAGCUGAUUUGGAUCUGGAGAAAAGCAUUUCUAGAUUCAUGGUGGUUGCAAAUGAUGACCCAUAUGGAGUAUUUGCCUUGUAUGGUGAAAAACAGUCAGUACUAGUAGAGAAAGAUCUCAGCCGCCUUAUCCAGAUUAAUAUUUCUCGGCAUGCAGGGACUUUUGCAGAUGUAAUUGUACAGUACCAAAUUUCAUCUUUCAAUGAAGAAAAAGCAAUCACACCAGCCAACAGAGUGGGAAAGCUACACAUUAAAGCAGGCUCCAGUUAUGGAUUGAAAACAGUGCCAAUAUACACCCAGGUAUUUAUUUCCCUUGGCAUGAAUUUGACCCUGGAACUGAUCAAUGUAACGUUAGUUAAUAUUAGUGCCAAUAUUGCGCCUAAAAUAUUAGAGACAGCCAGGUUGGUCUCUUUUCCAAUUCCCAAAGAAGCUGCCAAUUCUCAGGUUGCCUUUGAUUCUAUUAUCUUGCGCCUUAACAAUAUUACAGCAGGAACAACUCAAGCUGUUAUAACUCGUAAAGGAAUAUAUGGCUCCAUUGUAGUAACUUGGAAUUCUGGAUAUCCACUGGGGCUCAUUCCACUAUACCUUCACCAAGGCAGUACUAUACCAGCCUCUGGCACAGUUACUUUUUCCCAUGGUGAACAAAACAAAACAAUUUUAUUGCAAGUUAUUCCAAAUGCAAAUAGUCCUGAGGUGUUUGCUGUACAUCUGGCUGCUGUGCAGAGUAAUGCAUCUGGUGGGGCUUGUCUAAGAUCAGAUUUCAUUAUUGCUGAGAUUGAGCCAAUGGGAGUCUUUCAAUUUGCUCCUAGCUCAAGGAACAUUUUAGUGAGGGAAGAUGUUCUAACAAUCAGAUUAAAUGUACAAAGACUUUUUGGUUAUCAAAGCAAUCUCACAAAGGUGUUCUAUCAGACCACUUCAGGAAGUGCCAAAUCAUUAGAAGACUUUGAACCUGCUCAUGAUGGAGAACUUGUUUUUGGAUUCCUUGAAAUUAACACAGUGUUGGAAAUCGUGGUAACUGAUGACAGCAUUUCAGAAGGGGAAGAAACGUUUUUUGUGAAUUUAACAUCUGUGAAUGUUUUAGAUGUUCAGGACCUUAACCCAGCUUGUAAUCCACGCCUGAAUCCAGAAUUUAGCAUUGCAUCAAUUACCCUACUGGCCAGUGAUGUCCACUAUGGAAUUUUAAGUCUUGAACCAACGAUUAUUUACACUGAAGAAGACAGCAAUAACAUUGCUUCCAACACUAUUCUGAUUCAUAUCAGAAGGACUCAGGGAUUUGUGGGAAAUAUCUCUGUAAAUAUAAAAACUUUUGGUGCAAUAAAUGCCCAAAGUGGGGCAGAUACAUUUCCUUUUGAAAUUAUCCCUGUGGUUUCUAAUCUUACCUGGGCAAUCGAAGGUACGGACUUUGAAGAGAUGGCUCUGUCUGUCACAUUAUUGGAUGGGGAACGAGAAAGCAAAGUGUCUGUCACAAUUCUUGAUGAUGACGAACCUGAAGGGGAAGAAUUCUUUUAUGUUGUUCUUUCUGAACCUCAAGAUGGAGCCCAGAUUACAGAAAGCAUAGAUGAAUAUGGGUUUAAAGGUUUUUCCACAAUAAUUAUCAAAGGAAAUGAUCUUCAGAAUGGAAUUCUAGGAUUCAGUGAAGAAACUCAACAUGGUCUUGUGCUUGAUGAAGAUUCAGAAAAGAGGAAAGUAGAACUCUUUGUCACCCGACAGCCAAACAGGGCUUUUGAAGAUGUGAAAGUGUCUUGGCGUGUAACUUUUAAUCAAACAUCAGUUGUCCUGCACAGUAAUGGCACCAAUCUGGCAAAUGAACUGAUAGCUGUCACAGGGGUUACCACUUGUAAGGCUGGCCAAGUACAGUGCAUGGUUUCUAUUGAGAUCCAGCCUGAUAAUGAUGCUGAAUCUGAGAUCUGUUUUUUUGUGGAACUGUAUGAUGUGGGGGAAGGAGCAGCUUUAAAUGAGAGUGCCAGAUUUGCAAACAUUAUAGUUCCAGAGAGUGAUUCUGUGCAGAAGGAUCUCAUCUACUUUGCUGUGGGGUCUCGUCUGGCUGUGGCCCAUAUGAAAACCACUUCAAUUAGACUCCAAGUAGUUAGAGAUUCUGACACAGCAUUUCCUAUCUCCGUCGGCUACAGGACUCAGGAGCUGUUGAGACCUGAAACUUUUGGCCGUGUAAUCAUAUCGCCUGCCAUUUCCGGACAAGAUUUUAUUGCUUCUGAAGGAACAUUGUCUUUUGAAUCUGGACAGAGAAAUGCUCUGAUGAGUAUAAUACUCAACCCAAAGAAUGAAUAUCUAAAUUUAUUUCCUAAACGCUUCCAAGUUAUGCUGUUCAAUCCUACAGGUGGUGCCAGAAUUGAUGCCAUCUAUGGUAUUGCCAACAUCACCAUCGUUUCUGAUUCAAACUCCCAAGCAAUCUGGAGUCUGACUGAUCAGCUGUUUCAACCACUUGAUGAUAUUAUUUUGAACACAAUCCUCCAACAUCUAAAUAUCAAAAUAAUCCAAGAAAAUACAGAGGAGCAACUUUCUGCUGUGAUGUAUAUCAUAGAUAAGGUAAUAUCUGAAGGAGAAAUACAGGCACUCACUGAUCGAAACAGAAAUCUUUUGUAUGAAAUCCUCUGUGCACUAGCUGAUCCCAAACGCAAAGAUACUCGAGGCUAUAGCUUCCUUGCUGAUAUUACAGAGAAAUUUGCUUUUUCUCUUCCUGUUGGUGAAAAGUGUGGCUCACAGGGUGAAAGAGGUAAAACUUUCCUUGACCAUUGCCCUUAUAUUGUAAUCACAUCACAUCACUGGUAUCCACAACAAAUCAAUGGGCAUAAAUUUGAUGGAAAAGAUGGGGAUUUCAUUAGAGUUCCUGACCAUUUGUUAGAAGUUUCUGCUUCAUCCCAGUCUAAUGAUGAUGCAACUUGUAGGUUCAUUCAAGUCACUGAAUAUAGUAGCCAGCAAUGGUUUACAGCAGAUGGUAGAGGAAUUGCCCUAAAAAAUAAGAUUUUUUCAAUGAGCUUGAAGGGACAGAGUCCAGUUCAGCUAAAAGAUAACAAUGAGGUCAUCUACCGGAUUUAUUCAACAGACAGUCAUAUAAUCCCUCAUAAAUCUUUGUGUCUUGUUUGGAAUCAGAUUGCUGAAAGUUGGCUGUCUAAUGCUCAAUUCUGUAAGCUGAUGGAUGAUUCCUCCAAUUACGUGGAAUGUUCUUGUUCACAUAUGUCAGUUUACGCAGCUAGUGCACAGACAGACAGCUUCUCUUCUUACAAUGAAGCUUUCUUUUCUUCUGGUUUCAUCUGUAUUUCUGGCUUCAUCUUGGCUCUAUUUUCAUAUUUCUUAUGUACCAGAGCAUCAAUGUUUGCUGCUAAACUCCUCACUCAUAUGAUGGUUGCCUGCUUGGGUUCUCAGAUAUCAUUUCUGGCUUCAGCUUACACAAGUCAACAGCUCUCUGAAGAAAGUUGCUCUGCUUUGGGUUCAGUUACCCAUUAUCUCUACCUUUGUCAGUUCAGUUGGAUGCUUAUUCAGGCUGUUAAUUUUUGGUAUAUCUUGGUGAUGAACGAUGAACACACAGAACGGCGUUAUCUAAUUUUUUUUCUUUUGGGUUGGGGUCUUCCAGCCCUUGUUGUGAUACUAUUACUAAUUAUCCUGCGAGGAAUCUAUCAUCAUAACGUACCACAGAUUUAUGGCCUGAUUCACAAUGACCUGUGCUUCAUUCCAAAUAUUUAUGCAGCCCUUUUUACUGCUGCCCUGGUACCACUAGUAUGCCUGGUGGUAGUGUUUGUGGUGUUCAUCCAUGUUUAUCAAGUGACACCCCAGUGGAAAGCUUAUGAUGAUGUAUUUAGAGGAAGAACCAAUGCAGCAGAGAUCCCAUUGGUUUUGUACUUAUUUGCCCUCAUUUCCACGACAUGGCUAUGGGGAGGAUUGCACAUGGCUUACAGGCAUCUAUGGAUGCUGGUUUUCUUUGUCAUUUUCAACAGUCUACAAGGUCUUUAUGUCUUUGUGGUAUAUUUCAUUUUACACAACCAACUCUGCUGCCCUGUGAAAGCCAGCUAUACAGUUGAAAUGAAUGGAAAUACUAGCUCGAGUUCUACAUUUUUCACUCAUGGAAGUGGAAUGCCGUUGGCAGGGGAAGAAAUCAGCAAGUCUACUCAAAAUCUUAUUGCUGCUAUGGAAGAGAUGCCAGCAGACUGGGAGAGGGCAUCCCCAAGAACAGGCACCGAGGCCAGGGCUGUUUUUAAGCAAAGCCCACAGAAUGGCAAUGCCUACAUAGCUGCUGGAGGAUUUAGGAGCAGUUCUUUGAUGGCAGAUGAAGAAUCACAAGAGUUUGAUGAUUUAAUAUUUGCUUUAAAAACUGGUGCUGGUCUCAACAUCAGUGACACUGAAUCAUGUCAUGGCAGCCUGGAUGGAAGUACAAUAGCUAAUUCCCAAAUUGUUGAACUUAGAAGAAUACCUAUAGCAGAUACUCAUCUCUAA